AGAAGAUGCACGGCCAGACGGACGACGUGCCCAUUCUUCUGGGCCUAGGCAUAGACGAAUCGGACAGCAGUCGCUUCCAUCACAUGGUGGUCGCCGACACGGUGGAAGUGUUUGCCCGAGCCGCCAUGGUGCACGUGAACAUGGACCGUCUCAGUGGCGUGCACGUCAACUGGCUCUAUCCAGGCGACCGGUGCGGUGACGCUGCGGACAAGGCUGGCCUCGUGGACCUUCUGCAGAAGUUCCGGUCUUUGCUUCCGUUGCCGGAUUACACGCUCACAGUGGCGGUUAGCACCCAGUCAGCGACUAAGAACUACGACUUGCAGGGCGUGCUAGACGUCGUCGACUACAUCGUGGUACACGCUCCGGACUCGCACAGCACCAUCGCGUGCCACUUUAAUCGAACAGCAGUGGCCGCUGCGAUGUACAGAUUUGCUAGGACAACGGGCCUCUCACGAAAGUUCUGCUACGCCAUGCGGCUCUCUGCCAGCACGUUCCUCGCACAUUCACCGGUAUUGGGAGCCCGUGCCCACGGCCGAGGUCCCGAACUGCGCGCAAGCAAUGCUACUGGUAAGGCAGCCCGGUUCGAGCUCUGUGACGCCUCGUGGUCAGUAGAUAUGGCUGGCAGCACAAAGGAAUGCACGCUGGCCACCAAGAGGGAGCCUGUGGAUGGAAUGACACUGACCGCAACAUAUGAAACUGUGCAGAACCUCCAGCAGCGGUUUGACUUGGGCUAUGCGGAUGGAAUCGGUGGCCAGUGUGUGGCAGUCUACGACCUCGAGCUCGACGACUACUUAGGCAGAUGCAAGGCGAGGCUUUUCACCCCAUCUCAGAGUCAUUGCAGUCGAAGGCAUUGAACAGCCCAAUGCCAAACUUUAUUCAAAAGUUCCAUGAAGGAAACCUUGGUUAAUCAAAUGACUCGCAGCCAACUAGAGCCCCAGCUGCAGCAGCAAUUGAGUUUGAAAUAGCUCUACUUAUGCAACGAC